AAGAACCAAUAGAUAAAUUAUAUCAAAGAAUAAAAAAGGAAUAAUUAUGAAAUACUUUUGCAAAAUUUGUUUAAUGAACUUUGCUGACGAUAUUACAUUACAAGAACAUUUAAAGAUACAUAUAGUAAAUAUGUAUAAGUGUAAAGACUAUGGUCAGCAAUUUGAAACAAAUGCUACUUUAGCUAAACAUAUUUUGGAAAACCAUAGGGCUAAUAUUUCUACCUAUAAUAAAAAUAAACAGGUCAAGAAUUAUGAAAGCCAAAAUGAUUCUUCAGAAGUAAUUAUUAGUAAUCCCACUCAAUGUAAAGUUUGUUUGAAAAUCUUAAAAGAUCAUGGUUAUUUACAUGUACACAUGAGAUUACACACAGGUGUCAAACCAUUCGAAUGUGAUAAGUGUAACAUGGCUUUCAGAUUUAAUUCAAGCUUAAAAAUUCAUCAAGAGAAACAUCUGCUAGGUGAAAUCUCAUAGCUAUAUUAAUGUA